AUGUUUAAGCAAAUCAUAGAUUCUCUAUCAAUACCUAUCGAUCCUACGACAACCCAGGGUGUUUGGAUGAUUGCAGGGAGUGUAAUUGCUGGAUGUCAGUGCUCUAGUUAUGGUCUCGCUCGUAUAUUGGCUACCGUUUUUUCAGAAUUACGAACGGCGAUCUUCACCAAUGUCGCUCAAUCUGCUAUUCGAAGGGUUGCUAGAGGAGUCUUUACUCAUUUACUCAAUGUCGAUGUCGGCUUUCAUCUACAGAAUCAAACAGGUGGACUCACUCGAGCUAUAGAUCGUGGAACAAAAGGUAUAUCAUUUAUGCUUUCUUCGAUAGUUUUCCAUGUCUUUCCAACUGCAUUGGAGAUCGGAAUUGUUUGCGGAAUCCUCACAUAUAACUUUGGGUGGAGCUAUGCCGGUAUCACCUUGAUGACGAUGUUGGCCUAUACAUGGUUCACCAUCCGGACUACAGCAUGGCGAUUACAAUUCAGGAAACGAGCCAAUCAAGCCGAUAACAUUGCAGCUAGCAUUUCAAUUGAUUCUUUAACAAAUUAUGAAGCAGUCAAACAUUUCAAUAAUGAAAAGUUUGAGAUUCAACAAUAUGAUCAAGCACUCGAAAGACAUGAGAAAGCUUCGAUUGAUAUUUAUAAAAGCUUAGCCUUCUUGAAUACAGGACAGAAUGUGAUUUUUUCAGCUGCAUUGACUGGUAUGAUGUAUUUAGCUGCUCAAUCUGUGAUUGAUGGUACUAUGACUGUUGGAGAUCUGGUGAUGAUCAACCAAUUGGUUUUCCAACUUAGUUUACCAUUAAAUUUUCUUGGAUCUGUUUAUCGAGAGCUUAGGCAAAGUAUCAUAGAUAUGGAGACUUUGUUUGACUUGCAGCAAACAGGAUUAAUCAUCAAGGAUAAACCAAACGCCGUACCAUUACGCUUGACUCAGGGGGGCGAGAUUCGAUUUGAAAACGUUUCAUUUAGUUAUUCUUCUUCAAGGCCGAUCUUUACCAACUUAUCAUUUGUGAUUCCGGCUGGUAAAAAGGUAGCGAUUGUUGGACCAUCAGGUUGUGGAAAAUCUACUGUCUUUAGAUUAUGUUUUAGAUUUUAUGAUGUUCAAGAAGGUAGAAUUUUGAUUGAUGGACAAGAUAUAAGAGAAGUCAAUUUGAAUAGUUUGAGAUCACAUAUAGGAGUCGUACCACAAGACACAAGUUUGUUUCACUCAGAUAUCUUACAUAAUAUUAGAUAUGGGAAUCUUGAAUCAAGUGAUGAAGAAGUCAAACGGGUAGCUAGAUUAGCCAAACUUGAGAAAACGAUUGAACAAUUACCUAAUGGAUGGAAAACUGAAGUUGGAGAACGUGGAUUGAUGUUGAGUGGAGGUGAAAGACAAAGAUUGGCAAUUGCGAGAUUGAUGUUAAAGAAUCCUUCAAUUUUAUUCUUUGAUGAAGCGACCUCUGCAUUAGAUAUUUAUACUGAACAGGAUUUGAUGAGAAACAUUAUACAAAACUUGUUAGAUAAACAGCGUACUAGUGUAUUUGUUGCACACAGACUUAAGACUAUAUCAGAUUCAGAUUUGAUUAUCGUUUUGAAAGAUGGAAGAGUGGCUGAACAAGGUAGUCAUGAUGAACUUUUGAAAGUUCAAGGUGGAAUUUAUCAAGAUAUGUGGAAAUCACAGUUUAUCACUAGUGAAUCAAAUUGA